AUGUUACCCCAAGAGAUGAAGGCAUCUCAAGCCCCGAAAUCGGCCGUAGAAGAUGAUUCACCUGUUGAUAUGGCAGUCGGAUCAGUAGAGGAGCGUCGUCCUUACACACUUGCGACGUUCUACCGGAGCGUGCUAUUUCAGAUGGUGUUAUUUGGGGCUCAGCUCAUUCGGUACAGACUCUCACUUGUUGGACCAGCUAUGUCAGACGCCAUAACCAACCUGGGGGGUGGCGGUUUAUCCUCGCCAUGGCUGGCAAAUCUUGCGAAUUCUUUGAGUUAUGCGUUCAGCUUCCUGAGUACCAUUCUAGGCGGACCCGUGAUCAAUAAGAUUGGCAUCAAAUGGUCGUGCUUGAUCGCAGCUCUCGCAAUGCCACUUCACGGAUCGGCAUACUAUGUGAACGCUAGGUACCGAACCGAAUGGUAUCUUUUGACGGCAAAUGUACUGGACUACAAGUAUGCGGGGUGA